AUGACAGAGCCACGUAUGCGCCUGCGGCAAAAAGGCCAGCAGUUUCCUACGCAAGACUUAGAAGCCUUCCUCCUCGCCUUCGGCGACAACGACUACCCGCUCCCCGAAACCAUGCGCGUCCUCGACGAAAUCAUAACCGACUACAUCAUCGAAACCUGCCACGAAGCCGCGUCCGUCGCGCACCACGCACGCCGCGCCAAAAUCAAGCUCGACGACUUUAAAUUCAUGUUGAGAAGGGAUACGGGGAAGCUGGGUAGGGUGAGCGAGAUGCUGGAGACGGAUAAGGAGUUGAAGAGGAAGAGGAAGGCGUUUGAUACUGAUGAGGGGGCUGUGCUGGUGGAGAAGGAUGGAG